GGAUAGCGUAUAUGCUGAUAUGCAUAUAUAGACAGAGAGAGAUGAGGGGUCGGGAGGAGUAAGAGAGAGAGAAAGAGAGGGGCGCAAUGGAAGGGCAAGAUAGGGUUCUGGCCACGGCGCAGCAGAUCAUGAAGAGCCUCCACACCUCCACCAACACUGAUGACAUGCUCCUCAUCUUCUCCAGGUUCGACAAUCGUCUCUCCAAUCUCUCCAAUUUCAUGUCUUCCGCACCUUCCACCUCCACUCCUUCUUCCGCCAAGGCAGCCGAGGCUGACGACUCCUUCGUCGAUCGCCGCUUCGAGGAGGCCGAGAAGCUCAUCCUUGACGCCUCCGGCGAUCCCUCCUCCACUAACGAUCUCUACUUGGCCGCCGUUGACGAGAUUAUUCGCUUGACCGAGGAUCUGGAUCUGCCGGCGGCGGCUGAUGACGCCGUCUUGGACCGUGCCGAGGCCGCUCUUCAGCUCGCUAUGUCUCAUCUUGAGGAUGAAUUCCGUGACAUCCUCACUCGCAGCCGUGUCCCCAUCGACACCGAUCGCAUCCACACUUCUUCCUUCAUCCGCCGCUCCUCACUCUCUUCCUCUUCCUCUUCCGUUUCAGUUUCCGAAAUUCCAGAUUUCGAGACUGGAACCGAUUCUGAAGUUGGACGGGAGGGUCGUGCAAGCAGUGGGAGGUACAAUCACUUGAGAGGCCCUAGCCUCGGAGGUAUAGAGCUGUCCCUAGAUUUGAUCACUCCAGAUUCCAUUGUGGAACUGAAAGAGAUUGCCGACCGUAUGAUUCGAUCUGGCUAUGAAAAGGAGUGCUGUCAAGUUUACUCCACAGUCCGGAGAGACGUACUGGAUGAGUUCAUGUCCACUCUAGGCGUCGAGAAGCUUAGCAUUGAGGAAGUCCAGAAGAUUGAGCCUCGAAUUUUGGAUGAGAAAAUGAAGAAAUGGAUAUAUGCUGUGAAAGUUGUGGUCAGAGUUCGUCUGUCUGCUGAAAAGCAACUUUGUGAACAAAUUUUUAGUGGAUCUGAGUUGACCAAAGAAAUAUGCUUCAUUGAGACUGCAAAAGGAUGUGUAAUGCAGCUCUUGAAUUUCGGAGAAGCUGUUGUCAUAGGCAGGAGGUCUUCAGAGAAAAUAUUCAGAAUCCUGGACAUGUACGACGCUCUAUCUGCUGUUUUGUCUGAUUUAGAGGAUCUUUUCAGUCACGAGGUAGGGGAAAUGGUUUGUAGCGAGGCUAAGGGUGUCUUGGAUGGGUUAGGAGAAGCCGCUAUAGGGACUUUUGUGGAAUUUGAAAAUGCAGUUAAAGGGGAGGCUUCCAAGACUCCUAUCCAAGGUGGUGAAAUUCAUCCAUUAACUCGUUAUGUUAUGAAUUAUGUGAAAUUACUUGUGGAUUAUAGCAACACAAUUAAUGAGCUUCUACAUAAUGUUGAGAGUGGGUUGGAAUCUGAGAGCUCUGAAGUUGUUGAUGAUAGGGAGUUGGAGAGUAAUUCUCUUUUUGCUAGACGUUUGUCCAUACUGAUUAAAUCUUUAGAAGCUAAUCUUGAAGAGAAGUCCAGAAUGUAUGAGGAUAGCGGGAUGCAGUAUAUAUUCUUGAUGAACAAUUUACUGUAUAUAGUCCAGAAGGUUAAAGAUUCUGAUCUUCGGAAGCAUUUGGGUGAUCUGUGGAUACGUAAGCGUCGUGGACAGGUUAGACAGUUCGCAACUGGAUAUCUAAGGGCAUCUUGGAGCAAAGUGUUGUCUUGUUUGAAAGAUGAAGGUAUUGGUGGAAGCUCAAAUAAUGCCUCAAAAAUCACUCUUAAAGAAAGGUUCAAGAACUUCAAUGCCUGCUUUGAAGAACUGUAUAGGAUCCAAACUGCUUGGAAGGUUCCUGAUGAACAACUCCGUGAAGAGCUUCGGAUUUCUAUUUCGGAGAAAGUCAUUCCUGCAUAUAGGUCCUUCAUGGGGAGAUUUGGCAGUCAUCUUGAGAGUGGAAGAAAUUCUGGGAAGUACAUGAAGUAUACACCUGAUGAUCUGGAGAAAUACUUAUUGGACCUCUUUGAAGGAAUACCUCUCAACCUUCACCACAUGAGAAGGAAGAGUUCUUGAAGUGUAGGUCAAUUUUCUGUUUCCUCAAAGGAUAAAAACUAAAAAAGAGAAAAAAAUCAUGUUUUCCUUUUGCUGAAUAUCUGUAAUUUUACCCAUCCUGUUUAAAAGAAUGAAAGCUCAUCUCUUUGAUAGUUACAUUGAUUGUAUAGUUGUUGUACUAAAAGAAAGAAAUCAUACAAAAAUUUGAUGGCUAUUUAUAGUUUGCAAACAAG